GCCAUAGAAACGGAAAAGCCGAUCAGAUGAUUAAUGCUAACGUAAACAAGCAGGCAAGCUAACGUUAGCCAGCUAGCUACCUCAGUGGCAAAACAAUUUUGCAUCACAGGAUAUCCUUACAAUAUUAAUUGAGGAAUAUCAUAUUGGUUAUGCCUUCACUCUCACAGAUGAAAGAAAAGUAAGUUACGCUAGCUAGCUACAGGAACGCAAACCUUUCAGCUAACGUUUCGUUAACGUUAGCUAGCUACGUCUAGCAUGCUAACGUUAGCCAGCAAGCCAGCUAGCUAACGUUAGCAGGAUAUCAAGCAAGCCAACUUUGCUAUCACUAGCUAGCUAAUCGCAUUAGCUAGUUAGCUACCCACUUUGCAAAAAACUGGUUGAAUCAAUGUUGUUUCCACAUCAUUUCAACAACAAAAAAUAUAUGAAAUGACGUUGAAUCAACGUAGAAAACUGAUUGGAUUAGCAAAAAGUCAUACAUUUAAGGGAAUUUCGUCUUUUUUUCACGCAACUUUAACCUAAAUUCUAUGACAUAGUGACCUGUUUUGUCGAAUUUACGUUGAAUUCACAUUAGUUGACAAUUAAACGAAAUGUACAUCAACACUAAGUUAGACGUUGAAAUGACGCCUGUGCCCAGUGGUAAAUGUAAAGAAAUCCCAGCGACGCUGGCUAGCUGUCAAACGUUAUUUCUAUGCUUGCUAAAUUAUGGUUGAAAAGUCGUUGCCUUGCUUAAAAACCAUAACGUUACUCUGUCUCUUAACAGCUCUGAGACCAGUAAAUGGUUAGAUGCACACUACGAUCCAGUGGCCAAUCUCUAUACUUUUUCAUCUUGCAUCGGUAAGAUUUCACCUUAGCUACCACCCAUUUCUAAUUUCUGUCACUAGCCUUGUUAAAUGUAGCCUUGUUAAAUGUACAUUUGCUCUAAUUUUGAUGCUAUACAUCUUGUCUGUACAUACAUAUUUAUUAAUAUCUAUAAAUAAAUCCGCUAUUUUCUCAGACAAUGAAUUUACCCGUGGCCUGUGUAUUUCUUAUACAGCUCUUGCAGACCUGCAUGGGGAUGGUGAGAAUAAGGUAAGAAUAAUGUUGCUACACUUGCUAUAAGCGAUUUCUUAAUCUGCCUCUAAUCCUUUUUCUCAUAGGAAGAAGCUCUUUGUGCAUGUUUUUUGGUUGACUCAUUUUGUUCUGUGGGUGCGUGUACGUGUGGUGUUUGAUUAGUGUGCCUGUGAUUUCUGUGUACAAGAUGAACAUUGUCCUUCUUUCUGUUUUAGUUGGUGGUGGGGGACCUGGGAACUGGUUCAUGCAACAUGAAGCUGAAGGUGUACCGUGGAACUGGCCUGAUGAGUGAGAACACGUUGCUUGACCUGCCCACUGGCUUGGUUUCUUUCCUCAUGGACCAGCAUGAGCCACGCACGCCUGCCAUCGCUGUAGCUUCCGGCCCCUUCAUCUAUGUCUAUAAAAACCUUCGGCCCUACUUCAAGUUCACUCUCCCUCCAUUAGAGGUCAAUGCCCUGGAACAGGACGUAUGGAACCAGGCAAGGGAGGUGAGUGGAGCUGCAAAGAUUUCAGCAAACAAAACAAUAAAAAAAAGUUAAUUAUGUUGUAAUUUCCCUCUGCACUGUUAGAGCAACAACUUUUGAGCUGUUUUCAAUUUUGGCCUGCUGUACUUUAUGCGACACCUUUUUGUUUCUCUGAAUUGGCGGGUUUUACGCACCAGCCACGCUUCUGGGAGAGCACCAUGGUUCUCUUUUGAUUGGCCUGCUGUACUAAUAACCCUUCUCUUUUCUUAAGGACAUGAUUGACCCAUUGAGCUUGAAGGAAAUGUUGGAGGGCAUCCGGUAAGUUUCUGCUAAUAGCAUGCGUCGAGUUAUGUUCCCAAUUGACUGUUGAUUGUGUGUUUGGGGGAAAUACUUAUUUUAUUUUAUUGCCAAUGCUUGAUUAUCUGACCGUCUUAAAAAUAUAUAUGAAACCAUUCAAAAGACUGUACGAUGAUCAAAACAGGUUACUCGUGCCACAUCCAAAGUACACUGACAAAAUGGCAUUAUGAUCAUGGAUUAGGAUCAGGGUCAUGGUAUUAAUUAGUACUACUUUCCUGCUUUCUAGAGACAAAGCUGAUGUUCCACUCUCCGUCAGAUCUUUGAGGUAACAACUCAGUUGGAUAAGUAACUCUGGUUGUUUGUGUGAGUGGAGUGCCGUCUGAUACUGGAUCAGACUGAAGUUUCAUAUCACCAUUGUUCCCUUUUACCUGUCAAGGUUCCUCAUGUUGGACCCACAAGACAUGGAGGCUUUUGUGAACCUUCAUAAGGCGCAGCCAAUACGAAGACAGGUAGCCUUCCUCACAGCAGUGAUUGACUUGAGCAAUGUGACAUACACACACACACACACACACACACACACAGAGUCAACUGUUUGUAUGUGCUCUUAGACUGUUAUUACAUGCAUCGGCACCCUGAAGAAGAACAUGGCUGAUGAGGAUGCAGUCAGCUGUCUGGUUAUUGGCACUGAGAGUAAAGAUGUCUAUAUCCUGGACCCUGAGGCCUUCACCAUCCUCUCCAAGGUAUGUUCAAUUCACAAAGAGGAAUUUACAAUAACAGAUCAAUCAUUGGUUAGAUGUGAUAUGGGAGGAAGAGCGUGACAGUGGCUAGUGUAAGAGGGGCUUUUGCUUCAAUUCCAUGCACACAUUUGUAUGACACUAACCUGGAUAAAUAAAGGUUAAAACAUUUAUUGUUGUUGAAUUAUCCAGGUUCAGUCAUGUUGUUGAAUUCAUCUGGUUUACUCUCUCCAUUCCCUCUGUUGACAUCCAUAUUCUUGUUGCCACAGAUGUCCCUCCCCAGUUCUCCCACGCAAAUGGAUGUGACUGGUCAGUUUGAUGUGGAGUUCCGGAUCACUGUGGCCUGUCGCAAUGGGAAUAUCUACAUCCUCCGCAGGUAUGGGAACCACCGACCAAAAAAUACCUUUCUCUAUGACCCUUUACAGACAGACUUUACAGUAUGUUGCCUGUAAAAAGAAAUCUGGCAAUGUUUUUGUAGAACCCAAUUCAUACAGUCCCAUUUUACCACAUUCUUGCCGGGAUAAGCCUUUUAUAUCUCCUGUGCACAUGCCAGCAAGUUUAGGAGUGGGAGCAUAGCUGCAGGAAGUAGGGGCAUAGCUGCAGGAAGUAGGGGUGCUGAGGGUGCUGCAGCACCCCCUGAAAAAUCUGGAAGAAGAAAAAUAUAUAUACAAAAUGUAAUAAUAAUACUUUUUUUAACGUACAUUUUUUCUCGCACAAAAGUAGUGCACUGCGCCUUUACUAGGUAUUAGCGGAAUGAUAUAGCCGUCUGUAGCACGGGCCACAUUUUUUUUUCUACUUUCAGAGUAUCUUCAUCAGGAUACCGAUAGAAAAUAAUAGCAAUCUAUAUUUUUCAAAAGCAUGUGAGUCUCGUGUUCAUAUUUCACAACAUCCUCGGGCUUUUGGAGCAAAAUAAUAGGCCUACUCUUGAUUUAGGAUACAUUAUAGCAUGUUAAAUGUUUCUGAUCAGUGAUAGAUGAACACUUGAUUUAGGAUACAUUAUUGCAUGCUAAAUGUUUCUGAUCAGUGAUAGAUGAACACUUGAUUUAGGAUACAUUAUAGCAUGUUAAAUGUUUCUGAUCAGUGAUAGAUGAACACUUGAUUUAGGAUACAUUAUUGCAUGCUAAAUGUUUCUGAUCAGUGAUAGAUGAACACUUGAUUUAGGAUACAUUAUUGCAUGCUAAAUGUUUCUGAUCAGUGAUAGAUGAACACUUGAUUUAGGAUACAUUAUUGCAUGUUAAAUGUUUCUGAUCAGUGAUAGAUGAACACUUGAUUUAGGAUACAUUAUUGCAUGCUAAAUGUUUCUGAUUGAUGAUAGAUGAACACUUGAUUUAGGAUACAUUAUUGCAUGCUAAAUGUUUCUGAUAGAUGAACACUUGAUUUAGGAUACAUUAUUGCAUGCUAAAUGUUUCUGAUCGAUGAUAGAUGAACACUUGAUUUAGGAUACAUUAUUGCAUGCUAAAUGUUUCUGAUCGAUGAUAGAUGAACACUUGAUUUAGGAUACAUUAUUGCAUGCUAAAUGUUUCUGAUCGAUGAUAGAUGAACACUUGAUUUAGGAUACAUUAUUGCAUGCUAAAUGUUUCUGAUCGAUGAUAGAUGAACACUUGAUUUAGGAUACAUUAUAGCAUGUUAAAUGUUUCUGAUCAUUGAUAGAUGAACACUUGAUUUAGGAUACAUUAUUGCAUGCUAAAUGUUUCUGAUCAGUGAUAGAUGAACACUUGAUUUAGGAUACAUUAUAGCAUGCUAAAUGUUUCUGAUCAGUGAUAGAUGAACACUUGAUUUAGGAUACAUUAUUGCAUGUUAAAUGUUUCUGAUCAGUGAUAGAUGAACACUUGAUUUAGGAUACAUUAUUGCAUGCUAAAUGUUUCUGAUCAGUGAUAGAUGAACACUUGAUUUAGGAUACAUUAUUGCAUGCUAAAUGUUUCUGAUCGAUGAUAGAUGAACACUUGAUUUAGGAUACAUUAUAGCAUGUUAAAUGUUUCUGAUCAGUGAUAGAUGAACACUUGAUUUAGGAUACAUUAUUGCAUGCUAAAUGUUUCUGAUCAGUGAUAGAUGAACACUUGAUUUAGGAUACAUUAUUGCAUGUUAAAUGUUUCUGAUCAGUGAUAGAUUAACACUUGAUUUAGGAUACAUUAUUGCAUGCUAAAUGUUUCUGAUCAGUGAUAGAUGAACACUUGAUUUAGGAUACAUUAUUGCAUGUUAAAUGUUUCUGAUCAGUGAUAGAUUAACACUUGAUUUAGGAUACAUUAUUGCAUGCUAAAUGUUUCUGAUUGAUGAUAGAUGAACACUUGAUUUAGGAUACAUUAUUGCAUGCUAAAUGUUUCUGAUCAGUGAUAGAUGAACACUUGAUUUAGGAUACAUUAUUGCAUGUUAAAUGUUUCUGAUCAGUGAUAGAUGAACACUUGAUUUAGGAUACAUUAUUGCAUGCUAAAUGUUUCUGAUCGAUGAUAGAUGAACACUUGAUUUAGGAUACAUUAUUGCAUGCUAAAUGUUUCUGAUCGAUGAUAGAUGAACACUUGAUUUAGGAUACAUUAUAGCAUGUUAAAUGUUUCUGAUCAGUGAUAGAUGAACACUUGAUUUAGGAUACAUUAUUGCAAUCGAAUAGAUGAGCUACCACCUCUACUUAUUUGCCCAGACAGAGAAUUAACCAAAUAUACAGAUGGAGAUUCAGUGAAACAAAAUCACAUUGAUUGAUUAAGACAAGUCACAGGCUUUUUGGUUGGGAGUAGGCCUAGGCUGCUAAGCGACUGCAAGUGAAAAGCAAAAUAAUCAAAUUGUUAAUUAGACUACGUGCAGUAACAUGCUGGCAAAAUGUUCUGAUCAGUGUUAAUAAAUGAGCCUAGACAAGAUGAUCAUCAGCAGCACUCAACUCAACUUAGCUAACAUUUCAACAGUCUAAUUGUAGCCUAACCAAUAUCCAAAUGGAGAUUCAGUAAAAAAGUCAAAUCUGACAUUGGUUUAUCAAGAGUCCCCACACUUGUCUCAAAGCUGCGCAAAACGAUGCUGAAAUUGUUGAACACAUGCAGGGUACCCUACUUUAUUCCAGUAUGUUGGUCAUUCAGUGAUAUUUAUUCCCACAGUCAUUCUUUAUGGAUCCAUCCAGUUGUGGUUAAGAAAACAGUGCAUGUGGUGGGCAAUCCAAAGAGAUGGGUGAAGUGACAUGCCUCGCAAAGUUUACAACUGCCAGGAUAGUAGUAACAGGGCGCUGCCUAGCAACCAUCAAGAGCUCAAGAGCGUAGUGCAUGCCAAUGACGCCUCAGCAUUACUAAGCCGUAGGCAGAACUUUAUCGCAAUCAUGACUAGGUCGGUUCGCGGAAAUAAAAGAUUCGGCUUUGAUACCGACAACACUAUUCAGAGAUAAAGAAAAGGUGGAAGAAAGUUGUCGGGAAAACAUCUUGGUUUGAAAGUUGUAUGUUUUGAGGCUGAAGUCGCACAUUGGCCUUCCAUAUGGAUGACCCCUGUCCUAUGGAUGACCCUCCCCCAAAACUUUAAAAGUUUAAAAGUAUUACAUCUGGCCUGAGUGUAUUACUGCCAGCCAAUGUUUAUUUUCGGAGGAUGCAAGGGAAAUAGCUGGAUGCCAUUUUGUUGUGCUCUGUCUUUGCAGGGAGUCCCCCAAGCCCAAGUACUGUAUUGAGCUGUCUUCUCACCCUGUGGGGCUGGUGAGGAUGGGGAAGAAUGUGGUGGUGGGCUGUGCCCAGGAGACCCUGCAGGGCUUCACACAGAAGGUAGGUAACACCCUCUCUCACCUACACUCAGUCAAUUCAGUAGAAACUGCAGCUGUGUGAUGUGAUCGUUGGAAGAGGCCUGAGUGUGUGUCCUGUCCUGUCCUCUGUGUCCAGGGGAAGAAGCUGUGGACGGCCUGCCUGCCUGCCCCUGUCACUACCAUGGGUGUGAUGGACCUCCCCACCAGGGGCUUCCAGGCGGUGUUAGUGGGUCUGGCUAACUGUGAGGUCCACAUCUACAGGGACAAAAACCUCAUUAGCACCAUCAAGACUCCGGUAAGACGCCAUGGCUAGACAGGCCAAAAGCUAACCAAUAGGUUAGUAGCUACUUGAUUCUGAUGAAACAGACUCUUUAGAAACAGAUUCACAUGCUUAUUUCCUGCUUGUUUUAGUUUUAUCUGGACUUGGCACCCCAACAAAAUCCUAUGUUUUUGAAAGGUGAUUAGGUUUGCUAGGUUUGUACCCCACUGUCAUGAUUAGUUCUGACUGUCAGUCCUCUGUGUUCCAGGAUGUAGUGACCAGCAUUUGCUUUGGGAGAUAUGGACGAGAAGACGGAACCCUUAUAAUGACCACCAAAGGUACAUAUUACCUGUUCAUUUAGGAUGGAUUUGAAGUCUUGUUUAAAAGAGGGUCCUCUAGUCUAGGAUGCUUAGUACAAUGGACAGAUGAUGAAAUGAAGCCCCGUGCCUGAUUUCAGUGUGUGUCCCUGUGUUUUGUAGGAGGGGGUCUGAUAGUAAAGAUCCUGAAGAGGACAGCUGUGUUUGAUGACAGGGACUCUGCCCCAGGCCCCCCUCUGGCACAAAGCAUCCGCCUCAAUAUCCCCAAGAAGACCAAGUUGUACGUGGACCAAACCAUGAGGGAACGGGAGAAUGCUGUGGGUACGUAUGUCCAACCAGAACUGUAGUCUAGCCUGGCCAGUGGCCACAACCUCCAGACUGAACAAUGGUUUGCUUGUUUCUCAGCAGUUUUUGGAGAGAGUUUUGGGGUCUUGGGUUUGUGGGUCAAUUUUUGAUGUUCGGUUUGGGCCAUGUGUUUUCCAGCAAUGCACAGGGCCUUCCAGAUGGACCUGAGUCGUCUGCGUCUGGCUGCAGCGAGGGCCUACGUUAAAGCCCUAGAGUCCAGCCUUACACCCAUGUCCUCCAGCCUGUCUGAGCCUCUCAAGAUGAACGCAGUGGUGAGUCUGAUGUCCUGGUGUAUGAGGGAAUGUGAGUGUCUCUAAUAGAAUCCCAGCGAUGGUUUAGCACACAGUCAGAACUCCUGGUGGAGUCUCUCUCCUCCUGUCGUCCUGUCUGUGUUAGGUGCAGGGCCUGGGCCCGUCCUUCAAGCUAACUCUGAACAUCCAGAACACAGCUGCAUGCCGUCCUGUCAUGAACUUGGCCAUCAGCUUCCUGUAUGACGAGAGCCUGUACAGUAUGAGGACAGCCUUCUUCAAGGUGACCUUCCUUUUAAUCCAUCAUGUAUCAUCAGCUGAAAAGUGACAUUGACUGUACACCUCACUAAUGUCGCUGGGUAGUUUAUAUACAUUCUUUCACUUUGGCUAAUAGCCUGAAUAUUAUUGAAUGUGUUCAAUCUCUCCGCAGAUCCCCCUACUGGUUCCUGGGCUCAACUACCCUAUUGACACAUUUGUGGAGUGCCUGAGUGAUAAAGGAAUCUCUGACAUCAUCAAAGUAUGCAUUUCAUUUCUCUGUUACUCUAUUUUUCCAUUAGGUAACUUCACUGUGUAGCCAUUUCAGUGCCUCCUUGAACAUAAAACCUAUGUGAGAGUAGAAGGUAAGCUGUUGUUGACACACGUUGUGUAAUUACAGGUGUUUGUGCUGCGAGAGGGCAAGAGUGCACCCCUGCUGACUGCCCAUAUCAACAUGCCCGUCAGUGAGGGACUGGCACUCAACUGAGAGAGAGAGAGAGAGAGAGAG